AUGGCAGGACCCCCAGCUCCUCCACCACCCCCUCCUCCUCCUGCAGGUGGAAUGGCAGCAGCACAGCCGACUUCCCAGGCUCUUCCCAAGAUUACACCCGAUAGAAACGCAUUAUUGAGUUCUAUUAGAAAAGGAACUAGGUUAAAGAAGGCAGUUACCAAUGAUCGAUCAGGACCAAUCACAGGCGGCGGAGGUGUUAUAAGUUCGAAUACAGCAUCGAGAAGCAAUGCCUCAUCGCAUCUAUCUGCACCAAAAGUCCCUACAUUCGCACCACAGGCAAACCAUAACUCCUCUGCCCCUUCACAAGUUGCACCAGCUGACAAUUCAGUUGGCUCACAAUUGGCAGGCAUUCUAGCAGGUGGGAUGCCGAAAUUAAAGCAUAUUUCCCAAACUCCAAAUGCAUCAUCGAAAGUGUACUCGGCACCGAAAGUUCCGUCCUUGCGACCCCAGAAAAAACUGCAUAAUGCAUCUCCAGUUGCAAAUGCAGGUGUUUCUAAGUUUUCUGUGCCAUCCGUGCCAUCUGUGCCAGCACCCCCUAUAAAUCGUCCUGCUAUGCCUUCGCAUGUACCUUCGCAUGGAAAUAAUGCCAUGCCGAUUCCUGGAAUGCCUACUCACAGGCCUCCAACCAUCAGGAAGGCAUUCAAUUCAAAAGGAACUGCAGGAGAAACUGCUUCUAGAAAUUCAAACAAGCCUGCUUUCAGAAAUUCAGGAGAGACUGCUUUCAGAAAUUCAAAAGGAUCUUCUUCUACAUCUUUCAAUACCCCUCCAAUUCCUGGUAAUGCUCCUCCUAUUCCUGGUAGUGUUCCUCCUAUUCCUAGCAACGCACCCCCAAUUCCUAGCAAUGCACCCCCAAUUCCUGGAAACGCGCCCCCAAUUCCUGGAAGUGCACCUUCUUUGCCAAAACAACCGGGUAUGGUAUCCGGGCAGAAAACGACUACAAACGCACCACCGUUGCCAAGAAACGCCCCACCCGUUCCGCAAGCGUCAUCUGCCAUAGUUCGACAAAAGCAAGCAGGAGCCAGUCACAAUACAGAAAAAGUGUCUUCUAUACCUUCGGCACCGCCUGCACCGCCUGCACCGCCACUCCCAGCCACUUUAGCGCCACAUGCUCCUUCUUCUUCACCUGCACCGCCACUCCCUUCAUCUGCUGUGCCACACACUCCAUCUGCACCGCCACUCCCUGCCUCAUCCGCCCCACCGGCACCCCAUCUGUCUUCAAGCAAAAAUACUCCUCUCCGUUCUUCUAAUAAACACAGAACAAAGCCUGUGCAGCUGCCGGCAUCAUCUUCUCCAGGUGCACUUCCUUUCCUUGCAGAUAUCAACAAACUAAGAGACGAGUCUCAUGUUGUUGGCAGUGAGGAUGUCGCUAAGAUUUCUGCCAAAAGAUCAAGUGCUCCAGAUGCAGUCCCGGGCACAGCCUCAAACAGGGCUCCAAAUCCAAGGGCUCCAAAUUCAAGAGCUUCAAAUGCUCAAAGAACUCCAAAUGCUCAAAGCACAGCCUCGAGUACUCAGCCCAAAGAACCUGCAAAUCCAUUUCUUGCUGCCAUCAUGAACCGGCAGGAGCAGAUCUCACAUAAGGCCAGCAAGCCGGCAGGUGUGUCUGCUCCCACUAUUCCGCAUGUUCCUGCCCCGUCCGGUCCACCACCACUUCCUCACACCAGUUCUAGAAGAUCAUACGAGAAAAAAGCAUCUGAGAGGUUGGAUAAUACUGCUGCAGAGAGGAAUACAGCGAUUGCACCGACUCUUCCAUCUGCUGCAAUUCCAUCUUCUUCCAUUCUUCCUUCUUCUUCUCACCUGCCUCCACCUUCUGCACCCCCUCCGGCAUUUCCAGAAUCAGCACCAUCAAUUCCAACAGUUGCCCCAUCUGCACCCCCUCCUCUGGCUCCAAUUAACCGCUCCAGGGCAUCUUCUUUGGCCAACCAGCGGUCUAGAUCCUCAUCUAGCACUGCUGCAUCCAUGAGAAGCAAAAAAGCUCCUCCACCUCCUCCUCCAGGUGUUGCUCCCUCCAUUUCCAGCACUCAACUCUACGCUGAAACACCUGAGGAUAGACUUGAACAGCAUCCAAAGCAUAAGGUAUUUGGAUUUGGCGUCAAGCACACUUUUAAGACUGAUGACUCGAGGAUUAACUCGCAGCAAAACGUCGGCUCAGAUUUGAGGAAGAUCGAUGUCUCUGCCUACACCAUUUCGGGUUCAGGUGGAACAGGUUCUGCAGGCCACGUUUCUGGUGAGAAAAUACAGAUCGAUGACUCCAGGUUUGCCUUUAAUGGAAAAAACAAUCUCCCCAAGCCUCGCCGCUUCUCGGGUAAGGUGAAGCUUUAUCCGAGCGGCAGGGGAAGCUCUGUUCCACUUGAUCUCGCACUUUUCCGGUGA